AUAGGAAAGCGAGACACGGAGCUUCAGGUGCUCAAGAGUCCAGAAAACAAGUUUCAACGAAGCUCCAUGUGCUGAAUGAAUCUGCAGCUGAGUUCGGUGACGCGUUUUCUCUCUCUCUAAUGAUAAGUUUGUGAAUCUCAUUCCUGGCACAAUCAGACUAGCAUUAUCAGAGUCAAAAGUUCCCCAGAGAUUUAGUCUGAGUUUCUUCGUUUGUUUGGAACUUUGAUUUCUUGGCGGAAUUCGUGGGCCGAUUUUUGUUUCUCGAAUUCUCUCCAUCGGCAAUUUAGUGGUUUCACUCGCACGGAGAAUCCACAGGUAAGAGAUUGAUCUCGCUGAUUGAUGGUCAUAAGGUUUCUAUAUUUCUGAAGGAUCUCAUGCUUCACAUUUCAACAUAGAACACGCUGGAUUUCAAGAAAACCAUGACUUGGGCUUCGCCCAAAGAUUCUCCGAGGAUGUCUUCCCAUUUUAGCUCCCAUCCAAGGCCUCUCUCUUGGAUUGUUAUUUCAGUAGGAUUACUGGCAUUAUUCUUAAUUUUUGCUUCCAUGGUUCUUGCAUCAUACCCAAUUGGAGUCGCGGUUCGCGGAUACUUCUACGGUGUAAAUAGUUCGGAAAGCUUAGAUUCAUCCGAUUCUUCUUCCUUGAAAUCUGCUAUUGAUGUUCACUUGGACAAUACGUCAGAUCUAGUCGAUAGAAAAGUAUUACCUGAUCUACAUUCUCCCACGAAUUUGGCUAGCCCAUCUAGUGGUAGCACCGUAGAACGCAUAGAUACUAACUCAGAUUCCCAAGUCCCCUUCAAUGAAUCUACUUCAACAAAAUUUCCAAAAACCGAGGAGGUGAAAGGGCCAGAAACUUCUGAUGCACAAUCACCUGUGAUGACGUCUGAGAACAGUCCAGAUGUGGUUAAUAGUGGCUUGCCCAUUCAGCACAAUUCAUCUAAUGUGAUGGUAAAUAAUACAGUCAAUGAACCUGCUUCUGUGGUUUCGAUGAAUAAAUCCACUGAUAUAAUAAGUACAACAUUAAAUGAGACCUCGCAGUAUCCUUCUGAUUCCUCAUCAACAGUAGUUCCAGCAUCAGUUGAUGCAGCAUAUAAUGCAUCGUAUGAUUCAGGCUGUGAUCUGUACCAUGGAACUUGGAUACAUGACCCAUUAGGACCAUUAUACACAAACAAUACAUGCCCUGUAUUGACACAGAUGCAGAACUGCCAGGGUAAUGGGAGGCCUGAUAAGGAUUAUGAGAAUUGGAGAUGGAAGCCCAUCCAGUGUGACCUCCCAAGGUUUGAUCCCAAGAAAUUUUUGGAACUUAUGAGAGGGAAGACUUUGGCUUUCAUUGGAGAUUCAGUGGCUCGAAAUCAGAUGGAAUCAAUGCUUUGUAUUCUCUGGCAGGUUGAGGCACCUAAAAAUCGAGGGAAUCGUCAGAUGCAGCGAUAUUAUUUCAAAUCUACAUCUGUAAUGAUUGUUCGGAUAUGGUCCUCAUGGCUUGUCAAACACAUGUCUGAUCCAUUCAAUUAUGCUCCAUCUGGGGUUGACAAGCUCCAUCUCGAUGCCCCCGAUGAGAAUUUCAUGCAACAUAUUGCAAAUUUUGAUGUGGUGGUUCUAUCUUCUGGCCAUUGGUUUGCCAAGCAGUCUGUGUAUAUUUUGAACAACGAGAUAGUGGGAGGACAGCUGUGGUGGCCAGACAAGUCUCGUCCUAUGAAGAUAAAUAACAUAGAAGCAUUUGGAAUAUCUGUUGAGACAAUCCUUACUGCCCUUGUAACACAUCCAAAUUACACAGGGCUCACUAUUGUGCGUUCCUAUUCACCUGAUCAUUAUGAAGGCGGGGCAUGGAAUACUGGUGGUUCAUGCACUGGGAAGGAAAAGCCUCUUGCACUUGGUGAAUUGGUAGAAAAUGCUUUUACAAAUAUAAUGCAUGAGAAACAGGUUACAGGUUUUAACCGUGCAAUAAAAAAGGCUACAAAUAAAUCAAAGUUGAGAUUGAUGGAUAUCACUGAAGCCUUUUCAUACCGCCAUGAUGGUCAUCCUGGUCCAUACAGGAGCCCAGACCCAAAUAAGAAAACAAAACGAGGUCCAGAUGGAAGACCCCCACCACAGGAUUGCUUGCACUGGUGUAUGCCAGGUCCUGUUGAUACUUGGAAUGAACUUGUGUUUGAAAUCAUUAGGAGAGAGUAUGAAGGGAGCAGCUUAUCAUAAAUUAUAUGUAUUUUCAAUCAUCAAGCUUGCAUGUUGUGCUUAAAGGAUAGGGUAAUACUAGUCCAUUGUUUUCUUUUUUUAAGAAAGUAUAUUGCAGAGAAGCUAAACCUGUUAAAGGAUCGGAUGGGAGAUAUUAGCUUACUCCUCAACUAUUGGGGGGGGGGGGUUUGAAGAUGAAGUUGGUUUAUUCUUUACUAAUUCAUCGGGAACUGAGAAGACCAAGCAAUAUAAGCUGCCCAUUCUGAGGGAUAAUUAUAAAAAUCAAAAUUUACUGUGGAUUUUACAUUUUGUUAUCCUUGCUAGGUUCUGAAAUAUGUGUCAGAGAGAGAUUGAGAUUCUUAAAUUUAUGUUGUUGCUCGGCGCUCACUCCAUCUUCAGUUUAUCUUAUCAUCCUUGGUAUUUCAUACAAUACUGAAUGUAUAAGAAAAUAAUUAUGAAUUCCAAUUUUAGCUGACUAGGUGAAAGCAUUUUUGCACGAGUUUAUUA